UUACACCUCCAGCAGGUCCCUCCUCCUUACUCUCACCUCCUGGACUCCAAAACAGUCUGAUUGCCAGGGUGGGUCAAUGGUUAACACUCAACCAGCUUUAUAUAAGUUUGCCCUGGCCUGCCGCCUACCUGCCGCAUCGCUCCUUUGGCUCCCUGGAUCCCGGAGGCAGUGGCUCCAGAAACCCUCACGGUCACACCAUGGCCACCUGCUGGCAGGGCCUGUGGGCCUAUCGCUCCUACCUGCUCGUGUUCUUCCUGCCUAUUUUACUUCUGCCCCUGCCCAUCUUCAUCCCCACCAAGGAAGCCUCCUGUGCCUACUCCAUCAUCAUCAUGGCGCUCUUCUGGUGCACUGAGGCUCUGCCCCUGGCUGUCACCGCCCUCUUCCCCAUCUUCCUGUACCCCUUGAUGGGCAUAAUGGAUGCCUCUGAGGUCUGCCUCGAGUAUUUUAAGGACAGCAACAUCCUGUUCGUCGGGGGGCUGCUGGUGGCCAUUGCCGUGGAGCACUGGAACCUGCACAAACGCAUUGCUCUCCGGGUGCUCCUCAUCAUUGGGGUGCGGCCAGCCCUGCUGCUCCUGGGCUUCAUGUUGGUGACAGCCUUCCUAUCCAUGUGGAUCAGCAACACAGCCACCACCGCCAUGAUGGUGCCCAUCGCACAUGCUGUCCUGGACCAGCUGCACCAGUCACCCACAGGCAAGGACGCAGAGAAAGGCAGCAACAACCCCGCCUUUGAACUCCAGGAGCCAGGACCCCAGAAAAAAGUGACCAAGUUUGAUGAGAAAGAUAACGGGCAGGUCCACCCCAUCCCCGCCGCAUCCUUAGAGCCAACCACACAGCCACAGGAGCAGGUCCGCUUCAGCCAGGGCAUGAGCCUGUGCGUGUGCUACGCGGCCAGCAUUGGGGGCAUCGCCACACUGACAGGCACCACGCCCAACCUGGUGCUGCAAGGCCAAGUCAACUCGCUCUUCCCCAAAAACGGCAACGUGGUGAACUUUGCCUCCUGGUUCGGCUUUGCCUUCCCCACCAUGGUCAUCUUGCUGGUGCUUUCCUGGCUGUGGCUGCAGAUCCUCUUUCUGGGGUUCAACUUCCGGAAGAACUUUGGUUUUGGGGAGCAGGCACAGGAGAGAGCGCAGGCAGCCUUCCGCGUCAUCCAAACAGAACACAAGCUACUGGGCCCCAUGAGCUUUGCAGAAAAGGCUGUCUCUGUCCUCUUUGUCACCUUGGUGGUGCUGUGGUUUACCCGGGAGCCGGGCUUUUUCCUUGGCUGGGGCAACCUGGCUUUUUCUGACAAGGAUGGAAACAGCAUGGCAUCUGAUGGAACAGUGGCCAUCUUCAUUGGCGUAAUUCUGUUCUUGGUGCCCUCCAAGAUCCCAGGGCUGACUCAGGAUCCAGAAAACCCUGGAAGGCUGAAGGCCCCUCCGGCCCUCCUCAACUGGAAGACUGUAAAUGAGAAGAUGCCCUGGAAUAUCGUGCUCCUGCUGGGGGGCGGCUUUGCUCUGGCCAAGGGCAGCGAGCAAUCAGGACUAUCUGAGUGGCUGGGGAAAAAGCUGACCCCCCUAGAGAAUGUGCCACCUCCUGCCAUUGCCCUCAUCAUCAGCCUCCUGGUUGCCACGUUCACCGAGUGCACCAGCAACGUGGCCACCACCACACUUUUCCUGCCCAUUCUGGCCUCCAUGGCUCAGGCCAUCUGCCUCCACCCUCUCUACGUCAUGCUUCCCUGCACGCUGGCCGCUUCCCUGGCCUUCAUGCUGCCCGUGGCCACCCCACCCAAUGCCAUCGUCUUCUCUUUUGGGGGCCUCAAAGUGUCCGACAUGGCCCGGACAGGAUUCCUGCUCAACAUCAUCGGAGUACUGAUCAUCACACUGGCCAUCAACAGCUGGAGCUACCCCAUCUUUAACCUGCACACCUUCCCAUCCUGGGCUGACACCAACAACACGGCCAGCUGCCUGGCCAUCCAGGGGAACAUCACAACACCAGGCCCCUAGACCCAGGGAUGGUCUGGCUAAGACCAGGGAGACCCGCCUGUCCGGAUGCCUCUGAGCCAGGACGGGACAUGUUCAGGCUCUAAGCCGAACAUGGAGAGAAAGGCGCAUAUACACAGAACCUCGUGCGCAUGUCUGUGAGGAAGGGGCAUGUGUGCUCUGUGCUGCAUUUCCAAGGAAAGCGUGUGUGUGUGUGUGUGUGUGUGUGUGUGUGGUGUCACAUGAGGAUGCCUGAAGGGGGUUCUUGUGUGCGCACACGACCCUCGGUGUGCAUGCUGGGUGGGGUGCACGUCUGGGUUCUCGGACCAUACGACGCACCCUGUCUAGCACUUCGGGUCCUCAUCUCCCCCACUUGGUGGGUGACCAGCCCCCUUUGCACUGUAUUUAUUGAAAUUUGGGGGUGGGGUAACCCGGGGAGCAGGGCCUACCAGCAGUUGUCAUGGCAACGGUCCCUGGGACCAGCCCAGCUACGAGGUCUCCCCAGUUUCUCAGGUUUGGGGAGAGGGAUGGAAUAUUAGCCCCAUUAAAGUCUUUUUUUUUUUUUUUUCCAGUAGAGUCUGGGCUGGUUUUCAUGGCACUUUCUGGGGCUGGUCCACCACAUGGCUCAGGCCCCAGGUUGGGGAGUGCUGGGAGGGGACUUGGCCUCUGUCCUGAGUGGUGGCCCCCUUGGCACCUCUCCCACCCGAGAGAGAAGGUAAUGGCCAGGAACCCCUGCCAAGGCUGACUGGAGUGGGCGCAGCCACCCAGGAGAGCAGCACUGACAUCACCGGGCCCGGCUAAUUGGGAGCUGCCAGUCCCUGCGUGUCUUUGGGAAAACCGGCCUCCCCGUUCCCAGAGCACUCCCUGGGCAUUUACAUAAAACCCUCUCCCUCUGCCAGUUCCUCACCGACCCUUCCUCCAGCUUGAAAAACCAGUCCCACCAGACCAGGGAAGGCAGACUGACCCCAUGCUAGGUGUCCAGAAAGAGGGACCCUCACCCAGAGAGGGGGCCGGAACAAGAGGGAUACCAGUGAGACACACAGGAACAGGUUCAAAGUCGGCACGGACUACGGAGUCCAGGACCAGACAACGCUCUGGGUCACUCCGCCUCCCUCCCCGCCAGACCCCCUCUGCUUCCCCACCUUCCUGAAUUCCUCAUGCCACAGCCAUCAUCCAUUCUAGGAGCUCAACACCCCUUUCCUGCCUGCAAGUUCAUCUUUGUGUCAGUCCUAAGUCCCUCGCUGGGACCAUGGUGCGUAAGCCUUAAGUUCAUUGGGAUGGAAGUUUCCAAAAGUCUCCUCCGAGUUCCCUCCUGCUGCAGCAGGAGAGAAAAGAGCAAUUUUCCAACACUCUCAUGCCCGCUGACAAAGGGGGCUGAGCCGCAAAGACAGAAAACUGGAUAGGACUCAGUUCUGGAUUCCCCCUCAGCUGGGCCGUUGCUCAGUCUUCCCAGAGCUGGAGGGUCGAGCUCCAGACGGGAGGGGCUGCUGCAUGUGGGAGAACAUGGCUGUCCCCAGGGGACAAGAGAGUCCUGACAGGACCUGGCAGACAUCCAGCAGAAUGAGGAGUGUCAGGCAAGAGGCUCCACCCCCAACCCAGCCCCCCAGGCUGGCAUUCCUCACUCAGGAAGCACGGUCAUAAAUCAUGGCUCCCACCCAGACCCGCACUAGGGCCCCCGUCCCCCACAACCUGGGGCCCUAGGCUCUGGCACCCCCCGCAACAGGGAGUGGUGGGCCAACCCCUCCAGAAUGGUGGGAUUUUUCCAGUGACUUCCCCACAAUGCAGUGGGUGCCUAAGAAGCAGCCCCAGCUCAUCUCCAAGGAAGGCCCUCUGCUACUACCUUCUUUUGGAUUCUAGUUGGGUGCCCACAGUAAAGUCCUCACUGGGGAAGAGGAAAGCGUGCUUCUCCGCCCCCACCCACUGUCCUCCGCUUCCCUUCCUACCUUCACUUCCCCCUCAGUCCUGCUCAGAGAGGGCCAGAUGGGGACUGAGGCCACACAGCAAUCCCCAGCAGAUGAGGACCGAACCGGCCCUGUGUUCUUUGGGGACAAGAUGGGCAAAAACUGGGGUGACGGUUGAGGGAUCAGGGGUGACGGGUGCCCUGGCAGAGUGCAGGGCAGCUCCCCCCACCACCACCACCACCACCACCACCGCCGCCAGGUGUUUGGAAACCAUCCUCGGCAGGCAGGAAGAUGGACACAGGAGGCAGGUAGCACCUGUUGGCUAAUCACCGUCAUUAGCGAGGCAAUAAAGUGGCACGGACUGGGCCAGCCUUUGAAGGAAGGGCCUGUCAGCCCAGAUCUGGUUUUUGUAGCCGGCCCUAGCCCCUCGGCACCUCCUGCACACACUCAGGGCUGUGGCAGGUGGAUGGGGCCCCAUGGGGACCAUGGGCUGCACCCUCUCUGCCUGGGCACCUGCACCCUUUCUCCCGUGACUUCCAGAAAGGGAGCAGGGGGUGGGGGCAGGGAAGCUCUGGGUGUCUCCUAGAGGCUGAAUUUGCGCAGUGCUGGGAUGCAAGAACUUCUGUGAGAGCGAACUCCCUGUUGCUAGAGAAGAAAAGUGAGGCUGGAAGCAGCCCAGGGACAGUCCGCCUGCCUGAUGCCACUGUUUUCCCAGUUCCUCGCGCAGGGCCAGGCCCAGGGACGGUUGUGUAAAAUGCAUGCAUGAAGGCAUGAAUGUAUCAGAAACAUAGGGGGACUUCUUGUCCCUGGAGGUGACAUACUGCCCUCAAAGCCCCUUUCCAGGCUGCUGGGCAGAACCAAUGUUGUCUUCAGGCUCAGUCCAUAGGCCCAGAUUUCUCAGCCGUCUCUUACUUUUUCCCCUGCCUCUGUCUCCUAGAGUUCUGGGAGUGUCCCCUUUGCCUCCUUCCUCCUGCCAGGCAGCCCCAACCCCAGAGGCAACUGGCAGCCAAAGAGAGCAUGGAGGACCCCUCAAGCCAAGUUUUCAAAGAGAAACUAGCGAGGUGGAAAGGGAGCCUUAGUUAGGGGGAUGGAGAAGGUGAAAGAAGAGCCACGGACACCACCUUCUGGGUUCAUGUUGACUUGGGCCUUAGGUCAAGGGCAGCUCUGGGGGUUAGGGUCCUCAAACCCAGAAGAGGUCCCUUGGGAGGCUCAGGCCAUGACUUCUCUAUCCCCCCAAAGUCCCCGAUGGAAGGCUGUUUCCUGCAGGCUGGAGGGUGAUAUGAUGAGGGGUACAGGGUGAGGGGUGGGGUAGGACUGGGAUGGCUGAGGUUCUGGUAGGUGCCAGCCCGGAGAGACGCAACCCGGUCUGGGCCCCAUUAUUCGUGGUCAGCAGAGCCGUGAGGUUCUACUAGGCGCAGGCAGUCAAAAGGGUGAGCCGACAACUUCAGGGAGGGGAGGGGGUGAGGAGGGGACAAAGAAGAGUGUGGGGGCAAGAGCAUAGAGCAGCCUGAUUGGAAAGACCAGGACAGGGAUUCCAAAGAGUUGCUCUUAAGGGCAGGCGACCUACACACAUGUAUACACAGAGCCACAGAGUCUUAGGCACAGAACAGCUCACAGAUACACACACAGACGUGAGUACCUGCAUACACAGUUAUACACACACAUAUACACUCAUGUGCAAAGUUACAGCCCUUCGGAAGCCCAGUCAUUCACAAAAACACAAACACAGCCACGGACAUAUUUCUGCACACACACACACACUCUGGCAUCACUCUUCCCCACCUCCACGACCUUGCUUCUUAAAGCAGGAGGGAUUAAGACUAGCCAGGAGAAGCCUGUCCUUCUCCCCCAGCAGGACUCUAGCUGGGUCCCUCCCUCCCUCCAUCCUGGACCACCCUCCCCCAACCAAGCUCUCAGCUUGGAAACUCCCUGAAUUCCCCAGAGGGUCAGCCAACCAGAACAGGCUCAGACCUCUCAACUGGGUGGCCCAGCCACACACCCUCCACAACUCUGGCCAGUGCUCCUCUGCCAUCUACAGCCAAGGAGCUUCCUGCUCUCCCCCAGGAAGCCCACCCGGAUUAACCUCAGGCCUCUCCAACCCUUCUUUGACAUGGGGUCCUCAGGCCUCAGGGUCUCCGGGCAGCUCCACUAGGGCCCAGUUCCUCUGCAGAUGGUCUUACCUGUCUUCCCCGCCAAUGGAGUGAGACUUGGAAAGCCUGGGAAGUGGCAGGCUCAGUCUUGGGAACCCAUUUUGGGGAGACAAGUCCAAUUCACACAAA